AUGUGCAAAAACGUCGGAGAGAAAGGUUCGACACAGCUUCCCAACCACAUUCAAGACGAGUGUUCAUCUACAACACUGAGAAUGGGAAGUGAUGGUGGACUCGACCGAAUCCUCCAAGGAACACCACCGAUCAAGGCGAAUUGGGAGUUAGAGCUGUUCUGGAUAAAUCCAACAUACAAGGAGUUGAAGAGUGAAGUGGUUGGGAAAUGUGGCUAUCAACAGAACCAUUCUCUCUUGCUGUUUUGCGCGAUAUCAUGCAUCCUCCGGCGUAUCUGGAUGGAGGUUCAUCACGGGAUCAGGAAUGCGAGACUUCAAGGGGACUACAGUGAUUAUGCACUGACCGAACCUUGUCCUUUGAGGUCUACUGAUGAUCCUUCGGGGUAUGGUUGCUGA